AUGGCCGAAGUCGGCGAGGACAGCGGGGCCCGCGCCCUCCUGGCGCUGCGCUCGGCGCCCUGCAGCCCCGCGCCCUGCGCCCCCGCCGCGCCGCCGCCGUCGCCGCCGCCGCCGCCGCCCGCGCAGCCCCCGCCGCCGCCGCCCCCGCCGCCCGGCGCGAUCGCGGGGGACUCGGGGGGCCCCGGGGGCGCGGCGGGGGACGCCCUGGUGGCCGCGGCCGCCGCGUCCGUGCGCCGGAGCCCGGGGCCCGUGCUGGCGCGCCUGGAGGGCCGCGAGUUCGAGUUCCUCAUGCGCCAGCCCAGCGUCACCAUCGGCCGCAACUCGUCGCAGGGCUCCGUGGACCUGAGCAUGGGCCUGUCCAGCUUCAUCUCGCGGCGCCACCUGCAGCUCAGCUUCCAGGAGCCGCACUUCUACCUGCGCUGCCUGGGCAAGAACGGCGUGUUCGUGGACGGGGCCUUCCAGCGGCGCGGGGCGCCCGCGCUGCGCCUCCCCAAACAGUGCACUUUCCGCUUCCCGAGCACGGCCAUCAAGGUCCAGUUCACGUCGCUGCUGCCCCAGGAGGAGGCCCCGAUGUCCCCUCUGCGCCCACUAUACCCACACAUCUCCCCGCUGAAGAUCCACAUCCCGGAGCCGGACCUCCGGACCCUCGUCAGCCCUGUCCCUUCCCCAACUGGCACCAUCAGUGUUCCCAACUCCUGCCCUGCUAGUCCCCGAGGGGCUGGCUCCUCUGGCUAUCGCUUCGUCCAGAAUGUGACCUCCGACCUGCAGCUGGCCGCUGAGUUUGCCGCCAAGGCCGCAACGGAACAGCACACCGACCCGUCUGGGGGAGACAGCCCUAAGGACGAGUCCAAGCCACCCUACUCCUACGCGCAGCUCAUUGUCCAGGCCAUCUCAUCGGCCCAGGAGCGGCAGCUGACCCUCAGCGGCAUCUACGCCCACAUCACCAAGCAUUACCCUUACUACCGCACAGCCGACAAGGGCUGGCAGAAUUCCAUCCGGCAUAACCUCUCCCUCAACCGCUACUUCAUCAAAGUGCCGCGCUCGCAGGAGGAACCAGGCAAGGGCUCCUUCUGGCGCAUCGACCCUGCCUCAGCGGCCAAGCUGGUGGAGCAGGCCUUCCGGAAGCGCCGACAGCGGGGUGUCUCUUGCUUUCGUACCCCCUUUGGCCCGCUGUCCUCAAGGAGUGCACCAACGUCCCCCACGCAUCCUGGACUCGUGUCCCCUCGAUCUAGUGGCUUGCAGACGCCUGAGUGCCUGUCUCGUGAGGGCUCUCCCAUUCCGCACGACCCCGACUUUGGGUCCAAGUUAGCUUCUGUUCCCGAGUACCGCUGCUCCCAAAGUGCACCUGGUUCCCCUGUUAGUGCGCAGCCCGUGAUCAUGGCUGUCCCUCCUCGGCCACCCGGUUUGGUGGCUAAGCCCGUGGCCUACAUGCCAGCGUCAGUGGUGACGGGGCCGCCAGCCCCGGGCCACGCCAUCCAGUUGCUGCAGCAGGCGCCCCCCGUCACCAUGCUCAGGGUUGUCACCAGCUCUGCCAACUCCGCCAACGGUUACAUCCUAGCCAGCCAGGCCCCGCCGGGGGCCACCCAUGAGGCUUCGGGCACAGCUGUGCUAGAUCUGGGCAGCGAGGGCAGAGCCCUGGACGACAAGCCCACCAUCGCUUUUGCCACCAUCCCUGCGGCCAGUCGUGUCAUCCGGACGGUAGCCAGCCAGAUGGCUCCAGGGAUGCCCGGCCACACAGUUGCCAUCCUGCAGCCAGCCACACCCGUGAACCUUGGCCAGCACCACCUGCCUGUGCGAGCUGUUACACAGAAUGGGAAGCAUGUGGUGCCCACCUGCAGUGUGGCCAGCAGUGCCUACGCCCUCACCAGCCCCCUGCAGCUCCUGGCAGCCCAGGCCAGCUCAUCCACGCCGGUGGUGGUGACGCAGGUGUGUGAGGUGGCCCCUGAGGAACCGCCCGCUGCCGCCACACCCGCCAUCGUCAGCAGCACUGCUGCCCCCUCACCCACUGGGGAGCCCGAGGUGAAACGAUCACGUGUGGAGGCACCUGGUGGGACAGCAGUUGUCACAGCGGGCAGCCCACAGGCCCCAGGCUCCAGGGAGUGAGACCUGCGGCAUUGAAGACGAGAGCUGGAUGGGAGCUACACACAGCACUGGGCACCGACGCUCCCCACCCCAGUGCCACCCUCCUCGCCUCUCGUGCCCGCUGUGCUCUGAACUAAACCAUAGAGUUCAGGCGCCACCGUGCGUCUGGAAAUCCUUUGUCGGCACCUACCCCGUCCCCGGCCUGCACCCUCUGUCAGGAGCACACCGGCAGACAGACAAAUGGGUGGGGGCAGCCUCAGUGCCCAGUGGCAAUGCCCCAGCUGCCCUGUUCCAAAAGCCCACAGCAGAGACAAUGGCAUUCACGGGGGUCCUGCCCGUCUGAGCACCCAAGUGUCUGGUUUUGAUCUGGACUUUGGUUUGCUGUGCCCUUUCAGGGUGAGUCUCAAGGAUGGGCUGGCACCCUGCUGCUCUCUCUGUUAACUUCAAGUUAGGGUGAGGGCCCAGGCGGGAGCUGGGUACAGGCCUGUCCAGGGCUGAGCCAGACCAUGGCACUGCUCUGGCUGAUUGCGCUGUGGGCACCAUCUCUGCAGUUCCCAUGACUCCUGGGUUCCCCUGGCUUCUCUAUUAGGCUAGAGGGUGUUCAGGGAGCUGGGGCUGAGCCUCAGUGCUAAGGUUGGGGAUGGGGGGUUGGGGAGGGUGUCUCAGUCUUGGUCUUGGGAGGUGAUAGAGCUCCAGAUGGCAGCAGCCAAGGGAACCUGCAGUCUGGCUGGAGAGCGGCUGGACCUAAGUUCCAAAAGGAAGGAUUGGCUCCCCGAUUGUGGGGGUGAAGGGUCGAGCCCUUUCUGCAGGCAGCUGUGGCGGGCAAGACUGGACCUGGGUGUAAGGUCUUUGGCAUUGUCAUUCUUCAUUGGGGGGGAGGGGGUACAGAAAAUGCUAGGGGCCAGUGUCUCUCUCCACCCAUCCUGCAUUUUUUUCGUACUGUGGGGUGCGGGGAUUGGGCCCAUGGUUGGUUGGGGCCUAACUAC